AAGGUUAUCAAAAUUGCUUUUAUUGGUUCUCUUCUGAUAAUGGACUCAAAAGAACAAUCUGCACGGAAUACAUGCUAACUUAUGACCUCCAUUUUGCCUCACAUGGCAUAAUUAGGGAAAAGGACUAGCUUACCAAAUAAUGUGUGAUACUAUAAACUUGAAAUGCUAAAAGGAAAUGCAAACAGCAAGUCAGUCUAGUGCCUGAAUGUUAGGUUUCUUUCAAUGUACAGAAAUAAUUAAAAAAAGAGAAAAUUAGACUUGCAGUUUGUUGUCACUUCUCAGCGUUAUCUAAUAUGUGCUACCCUCCACGUUGUGACAAAACUCUCAAACUAGUUUGAUAUUUAUCGGUGUAUAGAACCAAACCACGCGGACCAAAUUUAUAUAUAACUCACCUCAGUAAUCAUCACCACUGUCAGAAAAGACAACAAACUUAUUAAGUACUUAACCUGAAUGCUCGCAAUGGCUUUGUUACUGCCACCGCUUCUUCUUUCAACUUCCUAUCUCAGCACAAGCACCAUUGUGGCUCUCUGUGUAUUCUUCACCCUCCUAGGCACUUGUGUCAUCAUUGGCCAUCUUCUGGAAGAGAAUCGGUGGGCUAAUGAAUCCAUCAUUGCCCUCCUUCUGGGGUUGUGUGCUGGGACGGUGGUGUUGUUCGUGACUAACUUUAAAAGUGCCAAGAUUUUAAUAUUCAGUGAAGACUUGUUCUUUCUCUACUUGCUUCCCCCUAUCAUUUUCAAUGCCGGUUUCCAAGUCAAGAAGAAACAGUUCUUCAAGAAUUUCACCAUUAUACUGCUCUUUGGAGUCAUUGGAACAGUUAUUUCGUUCUGUCUUAUAUCUGUCGGUGCCCUUAUGCUCAUUCAAUGGAUUGGAAUAUCUAACCUUGGCAUAAAAGAUUACCUAGCCAUCGGUGCCAUACUGUCAGCAACGGACUCAGUUUGUACAUUGCAGGUUCUCAAUCAAGAUGAAACACCCUUGCUUUACAGCAUUGUAUUUGGGGAGGGAGUAGUAAAUGAUGCCACGUCUAUUGUGCUUUUCAAUUCGGUCCAAUCCCUUGACUUCAGCAGCUCCAAUUCUAUGACAGCCUUGAAAUUGUUGGGGACCUUCCUUUACCUCUUCUGCACUAGUACUGCCCUUGGCAUAGCAGUUGGCCUUUUAAGUGCUUAUAUUUUGAAAAAACUCUACCUGGGAAGGCAUUCUACUGAUCGUGAACUUGCACUUAUGAUGUUGUUGGCAUAUUUAUCAUAUAUGAUCGCUGAGCUUUUGAGCCUCAGUGGGAUAUUGACUAUUUUCUUCUGUGGCAUUGUUAUGUCACACUACACUUGGCACAAUGUUACAUUAAGCUCAAGGACAACAACCAAGCACGCCUUUGCAACCCUCUCAUUCAUUGCAGAAACUUUUAUAUUUAUAUGUGUUGGCAUGGAUGCUCUAGACAUUGACAAAUGGAAAAGCAGUAAAGGCAGUGCAGGAAUUUCAGUUGCUGUGAGUUCUACUUUGUUUGCAUUAGUGUUGAUUGGAAGAGCAGCUUUUGUGUUCCCUAUUGCAUACAUUAAAAAUCGUAUCAAUACAAGAGAGAAUACCAGAAUUGAAUUUCGUUCACAGUUUAUCAUAUGGUGGGCUGGCCUGAUGAGAGGUGCAGUGACUAUUGCCCUAUCUUAUAACCAGUUUGCAGAAGCCAAGAGUACAUCAUCAACUCAAGACUCUGCCUUAAUGAUCACUUCUUCUAUAAUUGUGGUCUUGUUCAGCACUGUGGUAUUUGGCUCCAUUACUAAGCCACUGAUAGAGGCUGUGCAACCAAGGCAUCCAAAACCAACCAGUUUUGAUUCCACUGAUAACGUAGAAGAUUUGAGAUUCCUAUUGCUUGAAAACAAUGGUCCCAUUAACCAAAGCAACAAUAUGCAAAUUCAAAGGCAAAGUAGGAUAAGGAUGCUAAUAAGCCAUCCAAGCAAAACUGUUCACUACUUUUGGAGGAAAUUCGAUGACAAGUUUAUGAGACCUGUGUUUGGUGGAAGGGGUUUUGUGCCUUUUGUUCCUGGCGAAGCAGCAGAGAUUUUUUGAAACACAAACAAUUUAGCUGCUUCUCUUCACUUUUUUCCUUCAAUAACGUGGUGCACAACCGAACCUUGUAUGCACUGUAUGUU